AUGGUUUCGAAACUUUUCAAUCACUUUUUAGAAUCAUCAACAAUUCAAAUAUUAACUUCAGAAAAAUCAAUUGAAUCUUUUCCAUUUAUUGACAAAAGAGUUUCAUCAUUAACAGAUGAAAGUUUACAGCGAAAACCGAUAUCACUUGUACUACCUAAUAUUAUUGAAGAUCUUUAUACUUUUCUCCGCGAAUCACUUCAACAAAUGACAGAUAUCGAACAAAUUUCAUUACAGAGAAAUCUUCAACUUAUACGUCUCAAUGUUAAUCAGUGGUUUCAACAAACUCUACAAUAUAACGAACGAAUAUCAAACAUUAUUCAACAAAUAAGUCCUAUGGAUAAUAAUUCUGAAUAUUUUACUCAACAUGAAUCAUUGACUAAUCAAUUGAUCGCUUAUUUUUAUAAUGAAUUUGAUUUAUUUCAUGAAAAUUUUGCAUUUCUUAGUCAUUUAAACAAUUCAAAAUUACACAAUUUUUUUCAACAACGAAUUAAUCAAAUAGAAAAUAUAUUAAACGAACAAAAAAAUCAUCAAGAACUAAUCAAAUAUAUACAUAAACAAAUCAUUGACAUUGAACAAAUACCUAAUGAAAUAAAUAUAGAUUCGGAAAAACAAGACAUUUUUCAUAAUUUAAAUAAUCAAUUCCAUAAAUACAAAAAUGAUUUUCAUCAACUUGAAAAACAUGAAUAUUUUGAAAUUCAACCUAUAAUAAGAACACGUCUUGAAUUAGCUAUUCGAACACUUGAUAUAGAUUUACAACUAAUAACACAAAUUAUUAAUGGUAAAACAUUGACUGAUAUUAUACCUAAUAAAUCAUCAAUUAUAAUAAAAACAUCUUUGCAAUCUAUUCAACCGAUUGAAUUACAAAUUCAUAAAGAUAUAACAUUAAUUCGAGAUAAGUUAUCAACAAUAGCAAUAAAUAUGAAAAAUUGUCAAACAAUAAUUCAUGAAAAGAAAAUAUCACAAGAUUUACUAAGGAUAGAUAUUAAUGAUCGUUUUCAAGCUAUUAAAAAUGAAUAUUUAGAACAGAAAAUAAACGAAGAAAAACUACAAUCGAUAAAAAUAAAUAUAGAUAAAGUUGUUGAAUUUGAUCAACAACAAAUAGAAUUUAUUGAUCAAUUGGAAGAUAUUCAUAAUAUAUUAAAUAAAGAAUCUAAUAAAAUUCAAAAUAAUUUAUUAAACAUCACAACUGCCCGUUAUCAUUCUAAUCAUCCAAAUUUUCCUUUGAAUGCUAAAUUAAAAUAUCUUCCUAUCGAUAAUUUAGGAAAUUUAAUAGAACAACCUUUAUGUCUUGUUGAUGAACAAAAUAUGUCUAUUUCAGACGAACUUAAUCUUAUUCGAUUACCAUGUGAAUCAGAUCGUUUUCAUAUUUCAAAUGAUAAACAUGAAUUAACUAUCGUUGAUAAAAAUGAUAUACCAUUAUCUGAACCGAUCACUUUUAAACAAUUGACUUCAGAAGCGAUUGAAUUUGAAUAUAUUGAUGAUAGUCAACAAACGGUUCAGAUUAUUGAAAUGGCAUCACAGCAUCCAAUAAAUAAAUCUAUUAUGCUUAAUGUGAAACCUAUUUCCUUUGAUAAAUUACCAGAAGUUAAACAACCAGCAAGUAAGUUGAAAAAGAAAAUUCGAUGGAAAAUAAUGGUUAUUCAAAUUCAGAAAUAAGGGAUGAACCAUAAAAAAUAGAACACUAUUUUUUCUUGAAGAUCUGAAGCAUAGAUGAAAUAUACAACGAGACAACGUUAAAUUUUUGCACAGAUUAAAGCUUAUAAAUACUCCUGAAAACUUUAUCUUUUGGACUCAAAAUAUUUUAAAAAAUCUUCUGUCAAGUUUCGGAAAAAAAUUCAGCGUUUCCUGCCGAAUUACUCCAGUUUCUUUUCGUUAUUCUGGACGUUUGGCCAUUCAGAUCGUCUUCGUUUACUUUAUAAAUAUUUGCACGACAUGUUUGGAAAAUCUUAAGUAAUUGGUACAUUUCUUCAAAGCAACUCGUUCUUUGCUCACUAAAAACGUUAACAAGUCAACUGAUAAUAUUGAAACGAUUGAUUUUAGGGUUUUCGCAGUCACCAUUUGUGAGACUUAUAUCGCCAUUUUUUUGAAAAAAAGUCUCAUAUAAGUAUUUAUAUACUAAGAGAAGGACACCUGAAUGAGAAAAAGUUUAGAAUAACGAAAAAAAAGUUUUUUUUAUAUUUUUUAUCCGAAAUUUAUAAUUUUCAGCAGUAUUUAUGAAACUUAACUUUAUGAACACCAACUUGCACGACUCCUCUAUUACCAAAAACAAGCCACUUGGUUUAUUGUAAUCGCAGUGGCGACGUACACAUCACCUCUAAGGAGUGCAAAUUUUCCCAAAUCAAAUUAUGCCUGCAGAAAAUGUAAAAUUAUUUAAGAUCUGCACAGAAUUAACUAAAUUUUUUGUCAAAAGGGUCAUUUUUUUCUAUGAUAUUUACUGUACAAACUGAUGUCUUCUGGAGGUUCAAACAGCAUCCUAUAGAAGUAUACAGAGUCAAAGUUGAAUUCAAUUCCGUUUUUUGAAUUCUGUCUUUCUUUCAUGUUCAUAGACUUUGAUAAGACGUCAUUGAAACCUUCACAAUGUAUGAGAUCAUACAGUAACUAUCAGAGAAUAAAACCUAAGAUCUAGUAAAAGUUCUUAUAUUAAAACUGAAUUUUUGGCAAAAAAUUUGUUGAAUUUUCGUCGAAAAGAAAAAUGGAGUCUUUCAACUAUCUAUCGAGUCUUCAGGAAAAAGACAAAAAAAAGUGUUUUAUUCUUUAUGCACCA